AUGGCUGUGAGGCUGUUAGAGGACUGGUGCAAGGGCAUGGAUAUGGACCCCAGGAAGGCCCUGUUGAUCGUGGGCAUCCCUGUGGAGUGCAAUGAGGCUGAAAUCAGAGAGACUGUGAAGGCAGGACUGUAUCCCCUGAGUGCAUAUAGGGUACAGGGCAUAAUGUUCAGGAGGGAAGACAAUGCUAAGGCAGUGUUCAUUGAAUUGAUUGACACCAUCAAUUAUGCUACCAUACCCAGUCAGAUUCCAGGACAAGGGGGCACAUGGGAAGUGAUGGUCAGUCCCCGCAACUCAGAUGAUGAGUUUCUCAGUAAGCUCAAUUGUUUCCUGAAAGAUGAAGGAUGGAGAAUGAUAGAUGUAGCCCAAACCUUGGGAUAUAGCAGCUUCCCCUUGGAGGGCAUGGGGCCAGAGCCUUUGGCCCAAGUCCAAGAACCAGUUCUGCAGCCCCUGAAAGAAAGCAUGUGGUACAGAAAGCUGAAAGUAUUUUCAGGAAGCACUUUGCCGGGCCCAGAUGAAGAGAGCUUUGACACCUGGCUGGAGCAGCUCACUGAGAUGAUGCACAUGUGGCAGGUGUCAGAGGAAGAAAAGAGGCGGCACUUGCUGGAGAGCCUCCAGGACCCUGCACUGUCAAUCACGAGUGUCCGGGCCAGCAAUGACUCCAUGACUGUAGAGCAGUGUCUGGAGGCCCUGAAGCAGAUCUUUGGGAGUAAUGAGGACUUUAGAUUUGCCCAGUUUCGGUUUCUUCAGACCUAUCAGAUGGUUGGGGAGAAGUUUUCAGCCUUUUUGCUGCGCUUAGAGCCACUGUUGCAGAAAGCAGUGCAGCAUAGCCCUGUGUUGAUGCAGAGCACAGACACGAUCCGUCUCAAACACAUCCUAGAUCAGGGCAAGAUGAACACUGGCCUACGAGGCAAGCUGGAGCUCUUAGAUCAGCAGACUCCUCCCACUUUCAUGGAGUUAAUGAAGCUUAUUUGAGAUGAUGAGUGGGAGACCACCAUGGUGGUGACAAAGGAGAAGCAGAAGCAAGUAGAAAGGGGCCACAGGGCUUCUGGCAGACAGGCAGAAGCAGAAUUAAGUACCCCUGUGUCUCUGGUCACCACACCGACAAGGUCUUUUAGUCAGAAGGGCACUCAAACCAUGCAGGAAGAGGCUACCCCAUUGCUAAAACGAAGGCGGCUGCGUCACUGCAAAAGAACAGGGAAAAUAGGCCAUAAGCAGAUGCCACAGGAUGCAGUAAGGGAGUCGGGAAACGAGUCGGGGGCUGGGGCCAUGAGCCAUCCCGAGCCCUAG